CACCGUUGUUUCGAAGGCGCGUCAAGAAUCUUACAGAUACCUUAGCAUUCUUUCUUUCUUGUAUCACAUUUAUUCGUUUUUGAUCCAAAAGAAUAUAGCUGUUCCACUAUUCGGUCCUCUAGCAGUGACGUAAAGAUCAUAUUUUGAUCUGUUGGCACACCCAUUCUGGAGCGACGCUUAUUUCAGGAAUGUUGUUGUUUCGGUUAGACACCAUCCGCAUUAUCUGCCAACAAAUAUAAAUCUGACCCAUGGUUGUCUGGAGCUGUUUGAACUCUAAAAAUUCAGCUGUAGUUUACUCCAAAAUUUGUGUAUUAUCAUAUUUCUGGCUUUUUUCACUUGAUACAAGCUGAAUACCAACGACUUAGGCUGCAAUUUGUGCAAAAUAAUGUUGACGAAUAUGACACGUCUUUUGUUAUUGCUAAUUAAACCUUCUAAAUGAAGGUUAAGUCAAUAGAAUGGAAGCUUUGUUGCGACAUAUAGCGAUUGGUCAGCAACGAUUUUCUAUUUGAAUUGUUGCAUCGAAUGCAUUAAGGACAUUUUCCACUAAAACACACUACACUUGCGAAAUCUGAGCUCAGAGGCUAUUAAAGUUAUUUUCCAAGAGACGUUAUGGAUUCAGACGUGAAAAAUCUGUUUGACACUGCUGUCAGCUUGCUUAUGAAAAAGGCUCGGAGGACCACCGAAAUGAUGAAGGAAGAAGAGGUCGUUCGUGAAAUCGAACAUAUAAAGUUCCAGUUGGAUGCACUCGCAAAAUCACAUCUUCUUACAAGCAUUACUUUGUUCAAAGAGGGCGUACUUUCCCUUUUCAAAAUUCAAAGAAGGCAAAGAGGCGACUCUCGCACAGAAACAGCACAGGUAACCGCAGAUUUGUCUGUAGAAAAUCAGAUAGACAGGUCUCGAGAAUCACCAACAGAUCUUUCGAGUGCACUUUACCGGAGUUUACAAGACUUCAAACUGACAAAUUUAGAUGAGGAAGGCCAAAGAGCGCUACUGACUGCAAAAGAAGAUUUUCACCAGGCCCGCCUGAAAACAACAGAAGCGUUUAAUAAUGAAGCUCUGAGCACCUUGAAUCGCGUUCAAGCGAUUGCCAUUCGCGUUGCAGCAAAAAUUCUCGAAAACGUGGAUCAUCCACAAGAGGCCCUAGCGGUAUGCAAACUGUGUCUUGAAGAUCUGCACUCCUUGAAGAGAGUGCAGGAAAGUUUUGGCAAGGAGCUAACGAAGGGCUUCCGCAGACCUCUCUUUGGUAAGGAAGAGCGCAGGCAGAUAAUCGCUUCUGUUUGCCAAGUAAAUCGAGCCAUUUACGACGUCAUGUCGAUGAUCUGUAAAGGCGGAGAGCUGCUCUCGCUACCUUUGAUCGGCGAGGGAAAGGAUGCAAUAAAUCCUCUGCAUGACUCCAGAGUCGCCGAAAUUCUGGGUAGACUAGACAUGGAGCAGUUUUCUGUCCAGCCCUUGACGCUUGGCCAAGAAGAUGGAAAAGAUAACAAACUUAAAAUACCACAGGGCAUUGCUGCAGACACGCAGGGGCGCAUCAUUGUUGGCGACGAAUGGGACUGCGAUGUUAAAGUUUACGAUCGCCUUGGCAAGUUCCAGUACUCAUUUCCGUGUCCUCCGAGUGGCGAACCUAACAAAGUCUCAAGCAUUGCGGAUGUAGCUACCGAUGACAGUGACAACGCCUAUAUCUUGAUUGAGAUGGAGAAGUCAGCGAUGGCAUGCUACCAAGUAUAUGUGUUUAAGAAACAGUCUAUGUUACAUUGUUUUUCUCUCAAAGAAGAUCCCAGAAAAGUCUUAAGAAUGACAUUGAACAAACAAAACGAAGUUCUCGUGACAGCAGACGUUUUUGACCAAAACUUUACCAAGAGCAUCGUGGAGGUUUACAACAAAGAGGGGCAGUUCAUGCACAGCUUCGGGGAACAACAUUUGAAAUGUUCACAAGAUUUGACCGUAGCCGGAGAUGGCCGGGUUCUUGUCUUGGACAAAGAUAAUGAUUGCUCUCUAACCAUUCACGUCUUCUUUCCAAAUGGAAGACAUUCAUUCCAGUUUAAUGUAGAUGAACAAAAAGAACCUUGUAACGAUAGAUCGAGGCCUUCCAUUUCUUGUUACCAUGCACUUAAUCAUGUAGUUGUGGCUGUGCCCUGUAAAAAUUCUAUGGGAACAGGACACUGCGUAAAAAUUACCGUUUACGCCUUAAAAGAUGACAUACAUGAAUUCGUUCGAAGCAUUGAACUCGCCGCAAACGAACAGGUUUCUACCCGAGGUAUCACCGUCACCCUUAGAGGACACGUCUCAGUUGGUAUACUUGAUAGGAACGAAGGUAACAGCAGAGCGAUUUUUGAGUAGAACAAGGCUGUGGUAUAUCGUUUCACAUCGAUAUGUUUACGUUUGCUGUUGACUAUGGCAAUUCUGAUUUCAAAACAUACGUUGAUCAUGAAGAUUUGAGCGCUGCAUCUAUUUAAUCUAAUUGUGGUCGCUCCAUAGUUGUAAAAGAAGAAAAGGAAAACAAAAAACAUGCGAUGUUUGACUUGUCACACGAAAGGAAAUGGAACCAAAAACAGAUUGACGAUAGGAUCAUUAUCCGAGCAAAACCUAUGACGUAAAGAAUCCAAAAGUAACUAAAAACUAUCCAACUCAGAUUUACUUGACUGUUAUCUAGAAUUUAGGAGCGAAGGUAUUGUCAGAAAUCAAUGUAAAUUUGAGAUUGAAUUAAAGGUUUCGGUUCAAAAUUAGUUUAGAUUAGAAUUUAAGUCAACAUUUCAAAACUUGUGUCUAGGAUGUUUUAUACAAACAGGACAUCUGUUCACAAAGUUGAAUAGCUUAAAGAAUAUGUAGACUUUGUUCUAAUGGGGUUGUCAAAGGAUUCGCGUACCCGUAGAUAUCAGACUCAUAUCAGCUUCACCAACAGGCCCUGUUCGGUUUAGUGCAUGAUGUAAUAUUUGGCUUAUAUCUCUAACUAUUAAACAGAGCAAAUCGUUGUCAGUGUAAAGCACAGUGACAAUUAUUUAUGAUCUAUGUAAAAUGUUUCUUCCCAAUGGUCAGAUUGUUCAGACCAACACCUAUCGCAGCGUGCAUUUGACCAUUUUUAAUAUUGGUGUCAGUCCGUUUUGUCAGGACGACAGUUUAUGUUUUCGUUUUUGUCAAAAAGCCGCUAGAUUCCUAGAGAUGCGUGAUGUGAAAGUAAACAGUAACUUGAAUUAAUAGAUAGCGCGUCUGUAUGAUCUAGACCGGAAUUGGUAGCACUAAAGGAAAUAUUCCAGGUCAUUGUAAUGCGAAGGAUAUAUAUUUUCGAUUGAAAAAAGAGCCAAUUUCAUCACAAAAACCCUAAUAUAAGAUGAAGUCCCAUAUGAUCGGGUGAGAAAUCCAGACCGAUGUUGCACUUAAGGAUGCAAUCAUCUGACUUAAAUUAGCAAAAAUAAACAUUUUAGUUAUCUCGCCGCCUAAACAAAACUUUCAAAAUUCCGCGAAGUGCUCGAAUGUUCUGAAAAUACAGCGCAACAGCUUGCACAUAUAUGCAAAUCAUGAGAUUGGAUUUCACUGAGUUGAUAAAGAGAAAAAGCCACCAAAAAAAGUUCAAGUAAAGCUGACGUUUCGAGCGUUGGCCAUUCGUCCGAGCGAAAUCGCUUUGGGAUUAUGUAAAUAAAGACGAAAUAUUAGUCAAUAAAAAGCCCUGCCUUGUGCGUGGUCACCUAGCCAAUUUUCUGUCCAAAGUGAGUCCAGGUGUAAUGUAGAAUUUUUCCACCACGGGUAAAGAGAAAUGAUUAGACUUUUCAAUCAUUUAGCUGUCAUUCUUAGCUGUAUUUGGUAAAUUUACUGUGUCUUUGACGCCUCUGGUGGUGACAAACCUUGACUAGUUUUGGAAGAGCAGCAUGGAAGAUCGGUUCUCGUAUCGAAAUAAUUUAAAACUACUAUUGUUUUCUAAAGCUGGGUGGUUUCGUUAUUUGGCAAGGCAGUCUUUGGAUAAGUAGGAUCGUUCUGAUUGGUUUUUGCUGUGCAGCGAGUGUGGCGAACGAGCAGCAAAAAAGUACACUGGGGAUGCACAUAUAUGCAGAUCAUGAGAUCGAAAAGUAUAUUGAAAAGUAUAUUGGGGAUGCGAAUUCUCGAUCUUAUCACUUUUUACCAGAAUGCAUUGCAGCUUUUAACCACAGUGCACUUCGCCACGGUUGUUGUGUUUUCUGUAUUGCGUUACUAUUGUGAGGACAUUUCUUACAGGUACUCAAUCGUCUUGUAAAUCUACUUUCCUAAGUAAAGGUAACUUAACUAAUCGGGAGUAUUGUAUGGUAAAUCUACUAUCUUGAUCACUGAAUGAAGGACAGUUGAAUGAGAGCAAUAAAGGAGUCACUUGAUCAAUGGAUAACUCUACUUAGUGUAGGUUGACCCGCCUGUAAGCCGGAAAUCAAAAGGCAGUUGACCGAUGGUGUUCAGAGGGCAUGUGUGACUCCUGCCAUUUGCUAGCAGUUUUAUAUAUGCUGCCCUCAAAGGUAAGCUCUUAUUAGGAUAUCUCUUAAUUACUUUCCUUUGCGAUGAAAUAUGAAGGGUAAGUUUUAAGAUGCCAAUUCCCCGAUCUGCAUGUUGUUGAGGUUUGGCAAAGCCGGAUGAGAUUGUGUUACAAAAGGCAAUAUUUUAUUCUGUGCGUGCGCUAUUUCCUCCGUUUUUAAGUAUACUUUUUCUCCCGUAGAAAAUGACUUCAGAGAUAUGUUUCUCAAUGUACGUAUAGGAACAUGCAGCUGUUGAAUCUUUGCGUAAUUUAUGUCGUUAUCAACCGAAUGUGCCGCAGUAUUACUAUUUUUUAGAUACACCAGUUCCCUAGCGUAUUCUUUUGACAGACCUUUCGCAUGGUACGAUCUGGCUGCUUCAUGAAAGCUAAGAUUUUGAAAAAAUAAAUUAAUUCGGAAUUUUAUCUGCAUCUGUGCUUGUAUAUGUUGGACUUCGGGAAUAUAUCUGCAGCAAAGACAUUAUUCAA